CGCGGAGCCCCACAGCUGAUCAGAAGCAGCGACUGUGGGACCGGGCGCGUCAGCGGGCGGCGGAGAGGCCUCUUCUCCCCGGGGGAGGAGGAGGGAGAGGGAGAGGAGGAGGACAAGAGAGAAGGAAGGACUCCCCAAUGGAGGCCUACUCCCCGCCGUGCCCCGUCUGCCCCUCCUGGUUCGGGGACCGGGCGGAGAGCAAGCGCCGGAAGAAAGGGGCGGCCAACAUCUUCCAGGACGUGGAGCUGAGUCAGAUCCAGGCCCUGUUCCGGAAGAGCGGCGACGAGAAGGCCGAGGAGAGGGCCCGGAUCGUCUGGGGGCGGCAGGAGGGCGACCAGAGCGUGGGCCCGGCCCUGAUGGAGCUGAGGGCCAAGAAGAAAACCCGCUCCUUCUUCCACCACAACAAGAGCGCCGCCGCCGAGUUCUUAGGGCUGAUGUGGAUCAAAGCCUUUAGCAAAAUGCGCCUCGGAGACUGUGGGAGUCAGGGUACCAGAUCCUCCCUCUGGCAAAGGAGUCAAAUGAAGAGGAAGAGACUGAAGGGGAAGAGAACAGUGAGGAGUCAAGUCUGAAUUGGAGAGAGAAGAAAGAAAGAAAGAGAGA